AGCGCUUUUGCGCCUGCGCAAGGGGGAAAACGAGACCUUCCCAACAUGGCGGCGCCCAGGCGUUUGUGGCGGGCAUGGGGUUCUUUCAACAGCAGCGUUCCUGGCACUGCUUUGGCUCUCAGGGGCCUGGCUACAGUCAUUCCCAAUGUCUCCAGGGUAGAUAACACAACAAGUUUCUUGGACAAACUCCCACACCGCAAGCACCCUGGCGUUGUCCACCUCAAAAAUAUCAGUCUUCCAUCAGAGUUGGUGGAAGCAGCUCGCUUUCUGGUAUCCGAAUCCUCCAUGCGCAACAUGGAAAAGCAAACAAAGGCCCUCAACAAUUAUCUCUGGAGCCGCAAGCGGCCCAUGGAAACAGUGGACCUGCGCAAGAAAGCAGAGCAGGUGGAGCGGCAGCUACGACAGGAGAUGGCCCACAUCCAUCAGAAAGACGCUUUGGACUCAUUGAGUGAAGUGGAUGAGAAGAAGUUGCAGAAAAAGGUCAUGAAUAUCAUCCGUAAGACAACUUACCACUGGGAGAAACUGGACUACACUGAAGAGCUCAGCUUUCUGUACAUGGCAGCUCGAAUGGAUGGGGUGUUUGCUGCAGUGUACCGAGCUUUACAUGAGAUCCAGAAGAGAGUCCCAGAUUUUCAGCCCCACACCCUGUUGGAUUUUGGCUCAGGGACUGGCACUGUCAGCUGGGCGGCUCAUAGCAUUUGGGGUGAGAUGAUCAAUGAAUACAUGAACAUCGACAGUUCAGCUGCCAUGUUGGACUUGGCUGAGAAGCUAAUGAAAGGUUUGUCCAAGAACCAAAACCCCUGCUUUCCUGGGGUCUAUUUCCGGCAGUUCCUCCCUGUUUCGCCAAAGGUGAAAUUUGAUCUUGUGGUAUCUGCUUACUCUCUUAAUGAACUUCCCGGUUAUUCUGAGAGAGUGGAGACAGUGCGGACUCUUUGGAGGAAGACAGAUGGCUUUCUCGUUCUGGUUGAAAACGGUACCAAGGAAGGUCAUCAAAUCCUCAUGGAGGCCCGAGAUGUUAUACUCAAAGGCACAGACAAAGUAGUUCAUGAUCCCCGAGAACCACAUGUUUUUGCUCCGUGUCCGCACCAUUUGCCCUGCCCUCUUUUGUCCGGUGACCGUGUUCUGCCAUGUAACUUCACCCAGGGAUAUUACGCAUUGCCUUUCAGUUGGAACCCAGCACACAAGGAGGAGAGGUUUUCUUUCCUAAUCCUGCGCCGUGGAGCAGGGGAAAUGGAGGAGCCCUGGCCUCGGAUCACCCAACCCGUCCUUUGCCGGCCUCGCCACAUCCACGUCCGCCUGUGCUGUCCUGAUGGCAGUCUACAACAUGCAGUUAUUACUGCUCAGAAACAUGGCAGGGAUCUUUACCGUUGUGCCCGGAAUAGUCAGUGUGGAGACCGCCUCCCUGUUUUGAACCCAGAUGCUGAACAAGUACUAGAAGAAGAGAGAAUCUCUGAGAACAAGGAUCAAAGUUGAUAGCAGUCUUCCAGUGUGUUCAAAAGCCUAUGAAGACCUACUGUGUGAAGUGGCACAAAAAUACUGGCUAAUGUUCAACUAAUGAGCAAUGGACUAUGUUUCCAGGCCAAGUUAAAUCAGUGUGUGGCAUUUAAAGCCAUAGAGAAAAUGUUGUUAAACCUCACAGAGUAAAUAUUUGUACGAAUUGUUGCCGAUUUUUAGCCACUCUGAAUCCCUCUACGAGGGAAAGUGUGCAAUAUAUAAAACAAAGUAAAUAAAAUAAAAUAUAUCUAUACACAUAAUAAAAGUGAAAAUCUGUA